AGAUAGAAGUCACAGACAGAAGACACAUCGAAGAAAGACAACAGAAAGCUCAGGUGUCAGUCAAAACAGGACAAGUCGCAGCCUGUGAUAACGACAGGCUAAAGCACCAACGAUGAAGAGCCUGGCACUGUUUACUCUGGUGCUGCUAAACAUCGGCAUCAAUGUGGCCAUAAACCCGGGGCUCAAAAUGCGUCUCACUAGGAAUGGGCUUAACUACGUUAACACCAUAGCACAGGCAGCCCUAGCGAAAGACUUGCAGGGUCUACAUAUAGACGACCAAUCAGGAUCCAGUGGAGAUAUCCAAUGGAGCUUAACAAAUAUCCAGACUGAAGGAGUGACCGUCCCAACGACUGGCCUCGACUUUAACCCGGGCCUCAAUGGCCUCUCACUGUCCAUCACCAACUUUGGCAUCAACAUCCACGCUGACUGGCGAGUCAAGUACAGGAAGGGAAUCAUCAAAAUAUCAGACAGCGGCAGUGUCAGUGUCGGUGUACAUGGUGUCAGUACGUCAGUGACAGUUGGCAUUGGUGCUGACUCCCAAAGCCGGCCAUCCAUAUCGACUCGCGCCUGUAGUGCCAACGUUGAUGACGUCAGCAUCGAUUUUCAUGGAGGUACCGCUUUCAUCUGGAACCUCUUCAGGCACCCUCUGGAGGACAAGGUCAAGGGCAUACUAAGGGACAAGAUCUGCACUACUGUCGUGAAUGCAAUCAACGUUAAAGCUGAAGCUAAAUUGGCUAAAAUGCGAGUUGAUGUUGAAAUAGACCAUCGUUUUCUGCUGGACUAUGGACUUGUGGCCCCAGUGUCAUUUACAGGAGCUUACAUGGAGAGUCAGCACAGGGGAGAGGUGUACUGGAAAGAUGACAAGCGAGAAAGUCCGUUUACGCCCCAGGUGAUUCCAGACUCCCCUGACGUCAGCAACAUGCUGUACAUGUACCUCACCGAGUACACAGCGCAGACCUUCGCCUACACGGCACAGCAACAUGGAUUCCUCGUAUACAACCUCACAAAGAAAGAUCUCCCAGCAGAUAGCCAAUCCUUCUUGAACACAACGUGUGAUGAUUUCAAGUGUAUAGGAUCGUUAGUCAGCAAGAUUGGGCGUCUGUACCCAAACUCAUCAGUUGAGAUCAGGAUCAGCUCUACAUCUGAUCCCAAGUUUAAAGUUGCCACGACCGGUCUGACCAUGGGAUUGUACAGCAACCUUUCGUUGUUCGCACGCUCAUUGAACGGAAGCGAACAUUACCUGGCUACUCUAAAUAUGAGUUUAGCUCUGACAGGCACAGCUUCAAUCGCAAGUGAAAAAGUUGUUGGGCAGAUCACUAACCACAGCUUUGAACUUGGACUGGUAGAUUCAGCCAUUGGACCUAUACUUGUGAGGGUGUUGCAAACUAAUUUGGAAACUAUUCUGAAACUAUUUGUACUUCCUAAAUUUAACGAAUUUGCUGCUAAAGGAUUUGAUUUACCUGUAUCUGAAGAUCUGAAGUUCCUUAACAGCCGAUUGAUUUUGAUGGACGGUUUCCUUGUGGUUGCCACGGAUGUUUUGCUGAAGAUUAAACAACCCGAGACGUUGAGAUUUGCUCCUGAGGUUUUUCAACACCAUUCGUCUUAAGACGCAACACACAAUACAUCAGCUUUUUAAAUACUGUUGCCUUAACCUAAACAAAUUAAUUCAACAUUUCGAUUAUUUUGCUUUAAAUUUUAACCAAAUCAUGUAAUUAAACAUUUUAACCAUUUUCAUUUAA